ACAACCACAACUCAAGCACCAACAACUGCAACUGCUACACCAGCAACCACAACUCAAGCACCAUCAACUACAAAUACUACACCACCAACCACAACUAAAGCACCAACAACAAGUCAAGCACCAACUAAAACUGCAGCACAAACAACCACAACUCAAGCAUCAACAACUGCAACUGCUACACCAACAACCACAACCCAAGCACCAACAACUACAACAGCUACACCAUUAACCACAACUCAAGCACCAUCAACUACAACUGGUACACCACCAACCACAACUAAAACACAAACAACAAGUCACGCACGAAGAACUACAACUGCAGGACAAACAACCAGAACCCAAGCACCAACAACUUCAAUUCAAGCACUAACAACGACAAUUCAAGCACCAACAACAACUGCUACACCAACCACCACAACCCAAGCACAAGCAACUACAACUGUUACACCAACAACCACAUCUCAAGUGCUACCAUCUCCAACUGCAUCACCAACAACCACAACUCAAGCAACAACAACUACAAUUGCUACACCAACAACUACAACUAAAGCAACAACAACUAUAACUACUAAACCAUCAAAUAUAACACAAGCACCAACAACUACAACUGCUACACCAACAACCACAACCCAAGCACCAACAACUACAACUGCUACACCAACAACCGAAACUCACGUGACGACAACUCCAACUGCAUCACAAACAACCACAACUCAAGCAUCAAGUACAACUGCAUCACAAACAACCACAACUCAAGCACCAACAAGUACAACUGCUGCAUCUACAAGUAAUGCACAAACAACAAGUCAAGCACCAACAACUUCAACUGUAGGACAAACAACCACAACCCAAGAAACAACAACUACAACUGCUUCACCAACAACAACAGCACAAGCGCCAACAACAACUGCAACAUCAACGACCUCAACUCAAGCACCAACAUCUACAACUGCAGCACAAACAACUACAACUCUAGCACCAACAACUGCAACUGCUACACCAACAACCACAAUCCAAGCACUAGCAAAUACAUCAGCUACACCAACAACCACAACUCAAGUACCAUCAACUACAACUGCUACAACAACAAAUACAGCUAAAGUACAAACAUCAAGUCAAGCACCAACAACUACAACUGUAGCACUAACUCCAACUGUAUCACAAACAACUAGAACUCAAGCAACAACAACUAAAACUACUAAACCAACAACUACAACACAAGCAUCAACAACUACAACUGUUACACCAACCACCACAACCCAAGCACCAACAACUGCAACUUCUACAACAGCAAUCACAACUCUAGCGCAAUCAACUACAACUGCUACACCACCAACCACAACUAAAGCACCAACAACAAGUCAAGCACCAACUAUAACUGCAGCACAAACAACCACAACUCAAGCACCAACAACUGCAACUGCUACACCAACAACCACAACUCAAGCACCAAAAACUACAACUGCUGCACCAACAACCACAACCCAAACACCAACAACUAUAACAGCUACACCAACAACCACACCUCAAGCACCAACUACAUCUGCUACACCACCAACCAUAACUAAAGCACGACCAACUACAACUGAAGCACAAACAACCACAACUCAAGCAUCAACAACUGCAACUCCUACACCAACAACCACAACCCAAGCACCAACAACUACAACAGGUACACCACCAACCACAACUAAAACACCAACAACAACUCAAGCACCAACAACUGCAACUGCUACACCAACAACCACAACUCAAGCACAAACAACCACAACUCAAGCAUCAACAACUAUAACUGGUACACCACCAACCACAACUAAAACACAAACAACAAGUCAAGCACGAACAACUACAACUGCAGGACAAACAACCAGAACCCAAGCACCAACAACUUCAAUUCAAGCACUAACAACGACAAUUCAAUCCCCAACAACAACUGCUACACCAACCACCACAACCCAAGCCCCAACUACAACUGUUACAUCAACAACCGCAACUCAUGUGCCAACAACUCCAACUGCAUCACAAACAACCACAACUCAAGCAACAACAACAACAAUUGCUACAUCAACAACCACAACUCAAGCACCAACAACUAAAACUGAAGCACAAACAACCUUAACUCAAGCACCAACAACUAUGAUGGCUACAACACAAACACCACCAACUACAACUGCUACACCAACAACCACAACUCUAGCAGUAACAACUACAACUGCUUCACCAACAACCACAACUCAAGCACCAACAAGUCAAUCACGAACAACUACAGCUGCAGCACAAACAACUACAACUCAAGCACCAACAACUACAACUGCUACACCAACAACCACAACUCAAGCACCAUCAACUGCAACUGCUACACCAACAACCACAACGCAAGCACCAACAACUGCAACCGCUACACCAACAACCACAACGCAAGCACCAACAACUGCAGCAACUGCAAUUCAAGCUCUAACAACAACCCCAGCACCAACCACUACAACUCAAACACCAAAAACCAUAAGUCAAAUACCAGCAACUACAGCUCAUACAUCCACAUUAAUCACUCAAGCACCAACAAUUUCAUCUCACACUGAAUCAACUUCAACUACAACUCAACCACCAGCAACUACAUUUAGAAGUACAAAACAAAAAACCACACCUGUUGCAAUAAGAACUACAACUAAGCAACAAUCCAUUGUAAAUAUUACAAACACAAAGUCAACCACUAUUAAAACUCCAACCAUAACAAAAACCACUACAACUACAACCACAACAACCACUCCAGCACAGUCAGCUACCACUUCAACAACCACCAGUGAUGCAUCUAGAUGGUUCGACAUCCUGGCCGGCUUAGGACCCCCCAGCAGGAUGGUGGCACGGAUCAACGAUGAACGGAGGACUGGGUCAAGCAUGGCGAAGGAUCUGGACUUGACCGAAGAUGAGUCGACCUAA